GGGAGCGGAGCCGGCGAUUGGCGCGGCCCUGGCCCCGGCCCCGCGGGACGGCGCUGCCCGACAUGGGGGAAGGGGAGACCGACACGCCGCCGGCGGCAAAGAAGGGGGCGGACGAGGAGGAAGAUGAUUUCGGCUACCGGCUCUUCCCGGACCGGAAUAAGAAGCCGCAGAGCUUCCUGGUCCGCAGCCUCUUCACCUUCCACAAUAAGUGCCAGCUGAUGCUGAGGCUGACCCUGGAAACGAAUCCAUAUGCUCGACUUCUUCUUGAGGCCUUGAAGCAAUCUGGUUGCACUGUCUUCAAUGACCGGCACUUUUCUUGUGAAAACUGUGAUGGCUGUGUCAGUGGAGGUUUUGAUGCUGCCACAUCGCAGAUUGUUCUGUGUCAGAACAACAUUCGCCAACAAUCCCAUAUGAACCGAGUGGUCACACAUGAAUUGAUUCAUGCGUUUGAUCACUGCCGUGCACAUGUUGACUGGUUUAAAAAUGUCAAACACUUAGCAUGUUCAGAGAUUCGAGCUGCUAAUCUCAGUGGAGACUGUACUUUGAUGAAUGAAAUAGCCAGGUUUAAAUUUGGAUUGAAAGGGCACCAUCAGACUUGUGUACGAGACAGAGCAAUCCGUUCCAUUCUGGCUGUUAGAAAAGUUAGCAAAGAAACAGCAGAAAAAGCUGUGGAUGAAGUUUUUGAUGCCUGCUUCAAUGAUCUGGAACCUUUUGGAAGAAUCCCACACAGCAAGGCAGAUGCAAGGCGUGCUUACAGAGACUUUCAGAACAGAGAUCGCUAUACUGCUAAUUUGUAAGGGGUGGGGGGGAAAGCCAUGUGAGAAAUUACAUUAAUACCGGAUUGUUCAGUAACAUCUGGAGUUAUAGUCUAAGCCCACAGUGCUGAUGGAAAGGCCAAAUCUAUCAAAUGUAUCAAUUAAUUUUUUACAUGUUUUUCCAUGAACCAACUUCUGUGGAAGUAAAUGUGGUAGAUGGACAAGACUAAAAACUGUGUUCCCUCACCUGUUAUUUUGGAAAGAUAAUGACUUGUCAAAUACAAUUCAGUGUGCUUUUAAUUUUUUCACUCUGACUGACUAGGACUUGGUUUCUGAAAAUUUUAUUGUCACUGAAUAAAUCUUUUCAUAAAAUCUUUA